CUACUCUCCAUUGUUUUCAACCUUCCAAAAUAUCCAAAAACACUCCAUGGACAUGGAAUUCCUAAAGUCCGAGCUAAACGAACUAGCCAUAACCGAUCACCAAAGACUUACCGGCGGAAGGAUGGGCCGAAGAAAACUCGAAGACGACGACGACAACAACAACAAGGAAUUCAAAUCCAAAAACCUUCAAGCCGAGAGACGUAGGAGACAGAAACUUAGUGACCGGCUCCUUACACUGCGCUCACUUGUCCCAAUCAUUACAAAUAUGAACAAAGCAACGAUAAUCGAUGAUGCAAUCACUUACAUUCAGGAAUUACAAAAGACAUCACAAGUUCUGAGUGAACAACUGCUCGAAAUGGAAGGAUCGUCUGAAGAAAGUGUAAUGCCGAUGAAACUCGAAAUCGAUGUUGCACAACAUGAUAUGAAGAAAUGUGGGAUAAAGGAAGAAGUUAAGGUGAGCAACAUUGAUGGGAACAAGUUUUUGAUAAAGAUUAUAGUUGAGAAGAAAAGGGGUUGCUUUACUCAAUUGGUAGAAGCCAUGAAUUAUCUUGGGUUUGAGCUUAGUGAAACCAAUGUCACCACUUUCAGUGGUGCAAUGCUUUUUUCAUCCUGUGUACAAGGAAAAUAUGGGGAUACUCUCAUGGUUGAACACAUUGAGGAAUUGUUGUCAGAGAUGAUGAAGAGCAUGAAAAAAAUUCCCAAUCUACCAUUGAAUUAGGGAACACAAAUUGAAGAAUAUAAUAGUUUUAUAUAGCUUUAUAUAUCCAAUAAAUAUACUGAAUUAUAGCAGCACUAAUAUGAUUUGAAGAAUCUUAAUUGAUUUAUAGUUUUAUGGUUUGAUUUUUGUUAUUUUUAAAGGAUUUAAUGAAAUUUUAUCAAUAAAUUAUAAACAAA